AAACUUCCUCCUCGAUUGCUGAGGUGUUGCUGUCGUACUGAACACGCCCACACGGUGGCAGUACACGACAGCUUUUGAAAGCUGUUACAGACACCAACAACUGUACAGACGAGACGUUCACCCGCAUUGUAAAGACAUUAUAUAAGCGAAGUAAGAUCCCAAAACAUUUCAUUUUUCUACAGGGCACCAUACCUUAUCUAAUAUGACCAAAUGCAACAUCACCGCGAUUAUCUUAAUUUCUUUAGCAUAUUUUGAUCAGUUUAUAACGUGAUUGACGCAAAGGUGAAUCUUAUAAAAGAUGAAAAAUUCGAAAGUGUCUUCCUGUCAAUUAAACUAAAACGUUAAAAGUGUAAAUCCCAUUGUCGAUCUGUGUGUGUAUGCGUCGGGUCGAAGUAUCCACGCAGAUCGACGGGGGGUGUAGACGCGCGGUGCUCCCCGCGUUCACUUGUCGCCAUAAUAAGUUGGCUCACUGUUACGCGCACUUUCAGACUCCGAAAGCGCGCGGCGGAGUGCAGACCGGAGGAGGACGGCAUCGGUUACCGGGACCGUUUGACUUUUAAUAGCGCGCGUUAUAUCAGCUGCAGAUACUCGAGAGACACACCUCUGCAGAGACGCACAGAAAUAAUACAUACAAUACAUUUAAACCAUCUUCAGUUCCGUUUUUACCUUGGAUUAGACCGGAUCAAGGCGGUUUGGAUUGAGGGGGAACAUCGUCUUGGCCGGUAGAUGAACGUCAACGCGUCUGCUGUAGAACAAUAACUGAUAAAGAGAACAAGUGCUUUUUUUGGUAUCGCCACAUGUCUCCGGAGCGCGGGAACACCUCUGGAUGUUAGCGGCCGCACGGCGAUGGUUUAACGCGGGAAGCUCGGAGCUUCGGAGGGCGUGAGGUGCGCUAGGGGGAGCGGGACAAUUACAGGAUGAGCGAGCGGUACUCACUGAUCGGACACCAAGCUGCUCUUCUGCUGGGGCUCUGUCUGCUCGCCGUCUGGGAGAUGUCUGUGCCGGUAGAUGCCUACAGAGCAGCACCGACUGUCAGGACCGGCACGUGCGAGGUGGUGGCGCUGCACCGCUGCUGUAACAAGAACAAGAUCGAGGAGCGCUCGCAAACCGUCAAGUGCUCCUGCUUCCCCGGCCAAGUGGCGGGAACCACAAGAGCCGCCCCCUCCUGUGUGGAUGCCUCCAUAGUGGAGCAGAAGUGGUGGUGUCAGAUGCACCCAUGCCUGGACGGGGAGGAGUGCAAGGUCCUCCCUGACUUCAAGGGAUGGAGCUGUGCCACGGGGAACAAAAUAAAAACCACCAAGAUAUCGCCUGACAGAGACCAGCUAUGGUAACCUUGUGGCGACACGCAGCACGGUUCAAGAUGAAAUCGAAGGCAUCUUCAACAAACGCAGGACUACAGAUGGGGGCAAGGACAUUUCAUCCAAUAGAGAGUUUGCUCUCAUUUUGGGACUACAGUUACUCCCUAUAAAAAAAAAACUUUGAAUUAUUUAACUGAAACCACCAGUCGACGUCUGAGCUGAGCCGGGAAAAAAUGGAUUAACCCGAUACUACACUGAUUAUUUAGUCGACCGAGGCUUUCCUUUCGAAAGAGCAUAUAACAAUCGCCACUACGGACAAUAGGACCUCUUUUAAUCCUCUUGUAUUGUACUGCUUGUAGUUAUAUACAAUGGUGACUUUUGCCUAUAUGUUAAUUUAUAGAGUAAUAUAUUUCCUUUUUUAAAAACACAACCAGGGUGCAGAAUAUAAAAAAUGACCUCCAUGAUGCAUUUAUCCUUGGUUGGACUGUAUGAGAUACCACAAACAAAAUGAGAUUUCGAUUGUUUAAAAGUGAUGAAAAUAUAAUGAGUCACAUCUUAUCAUACAUUUGAACUGUAUUACUCACAAAGCCCUGUAAGCCUAAAUGUUAGUUACAGUUGGAUCUCGAUCUAUGGUCUAUUCUCCCAGAGCUAUCGAUCACAAAAUAAACCAACUGAUUAGAGAGUAAAUCAUAAAUAAACAGAUCCUAAGCUUUGGUCAUGAUAAUUAUUAUACAUACCCACAGAAGAUAUAUAUACAGUAAUUAAUUUCAGUAGUGCAAUUGUACCAUUUUGUAAUAUACUUGUACACUGUAUGGUACAAGGUUCCAUGCGCCGACAUUUGAGUUUAUACAGCUUAACGCUAACCCCAGUUAAUUAAUCAGUUCCUGCUCAUUCUGCCCAAUAACUUUGUCAUAUAAUGUCCGAGUGUUGAGACCAAUGCCUUGCUGUAAAUUAAAUAAAAUUCAGUUAAUGCUCACCUCAAUAUGGGACAGGUAAUUGUGUGUUGGGGGGGCUUUGGAUGUCAUUUAAAAAUAUAUCUAUUUUUAGGGACAAUUCAAGCUUGUGGUGCUUUUACUUUGUUUUGUUUUUCCUUCCAGUAUAUAUUGCUGUCACUUCCUGUGUCUGUGCGAGUGACAUCCUUCUCAAACAAUAAAGUAUGGUUGUGUAUCAAAA